AUGUCUAUACCUGCCAACGACGAUAUUUUAUUUUCCACGCCAGAUCCUUACUACCAGCCACUUGAUUUUGAAACUGCCUGUGAAUCAAGAAAGUCUUUAAUGAUUGAUCAGCAAAAAAUAAGUGAGUUUAGUAUCGCUAUGGAUGGUUAAAUCGACUCAAACUAAAAUGUGCUAUCAGAGAACAACCAUAGUUCUAAUGAUGAGAACAGAAUCUCGCAAAUUUCCAGUUCUGAUUAGUAAACUUCAUCUCACUAUGGCCAGGACAAGAAUUCUCACAACGUAACUUAGCACAGAUCUAAAACCAAGGCACCUGGAGAGAGGCAGUCUUUAAUUCUUUGCGAUGAUACCGAUGGGGCUUCUGUUAAAGAUGGCUAAUAAUUAUCUAAAAAUGAUUUGCGCAGGUAAAAUCUGCGUCGCAGGCGUUCUCGAGAAUAACUGGUGCAGGUGGUCGAUGCUUUCAUCAGAGAGGCCACCAUAUUCACAGUCUACUAGUCAUACGUAGAAGCCAAUUUCAUCAAUGAUAUGAUGAACAUUAGGAAUGAGAUAGUAGAUUAGUCUGUCAAAUGGGGCUUACGAUAUGUCAUUUAGGAGGUAAUCUCAGAAAUAUACAUAGCUAAUGAAGCAGGCUUGAUAAUUUAAACAGUAAUUUUGAGAGAAUCCAAGAAUCUGACUAAUGAUUGCCUAAGCCAAAUUACCUAGGAGGACUUUAAGUAAAACUUUGAAGAUAGCUAAAAUUCGCUAUAAUUUGGAAAUGAACUAGAUUAAUAUCUGCAUUAAAAUGAUGAUGAUGAUGAUGAAAAUAAUUUCAACCAAGAGAGUGAGGAGAAUGAGUCCGACUACCAAAUUCAGCAAAGCCCUUAAAAAGAGGAAUCGCCAAUCAAAGUAAGCAUAAUGGACGCAUAAUCGGUGAAUCAAUCCCUUGACAUGUCCUUGGCUGUUUAAGAAGAUCUUAAUUGGCAUUUUGAUAUUUAUGAGUAAACUUUCCUUGAGUAAUCUGAACUGCUGAUUAAUGAAAUAGCAAUUGAAGCUGAAUAGUAAUUUGCUGAAGAGUAAAAAUAAUUACUAUUAGAGUAGGAAAGGAUAUAAGCAUAACACAUUGAGGAAUAAAGACUUUUAAAAAAUGAGGAACUAAGACUAUUGCAAAUUGAGGAAUCCAUCCAAAACACUUCUGAUAGUGUAGUUGACAAGCUUAUGAAUUUAAUUGCUACUGAGAUUAUUGGAGAAAAUCUGCUUCAUAAAAUAGAAUAUGACCAUAAUGAGUUAGAAGCAGCAGAUAAAUUAGUAGAGGAGUUGCUGAAUCAUCAUUUUCUAAAUUAAAUAUUAGGAUUGAACUUUGACUAGACUCUUGUCUAAGACGAGUUGGUAACUGAUGUAAUUGAAGUCUAAAUAAAGAAUGAUACUAAGGAGAUUGCCACAGAAACAAUAUAAAGCGAGAUAAAGAUAAGAAAUGAUGUAUAGCUUUUGGAAAGUGAAAUUUAAACUGAGAUAAAAAGCAAGGUAUUUGAGAAUUGCCAAAGAAAUUUAUUAAGAGAAUGCUAUAAGGAAGCGAGAGAGUUUUACAUUGAAAACGAGUAGAAAUUUAUGUAAGAAUUGUGCGAUUAGGUGCUGGAGGAGACUAUUUAUACAGAUCUAGUAGAUAUGGUGAUAAUCGAAGUCGAAAAUGAAGGACUACUAUAAGAUCAAGUGCAGACUUUGAUAGAUGAGCAAACUAAGUAAGUUACAUAGAAAGAGUAUGAGGAAAGCAUUGCUCUUGACCUGCUUAUGUCUAAAAUGAUGGGCGAGAUUAUGAACGAGAUAGUUUAAGAUCAAGUUCAAACUUAAAGCUAUCUAUAAAAAGAACUGCCACUUUAAAUAAACAAUUAGAUUUUAGAAGAAACUAAUGUAAUGUGCUGUAUUGAUGUCGCUGAAGAUUCCAUUAUGGUGUUUUAAUAAGUAGUAAGUUAUGUCAAAGUUGAAACUCUUAUGGUAAAUAGCCUUUUGUCUAAUACACUUGAUGAUGUAAUAAUAAUGGAUGGGAUUUACGACAAAUUAAUUUCUUAACUUAUAAUUAAAGAACUAGCUUUUUAACUUCAAUUAGAAAGAGACUCUUAAAUGCUAGCAAACUCUUUAUUUGAUAACUGCCUUAAUGACUUUACAGAGGGCAAUAUACUUCAUAAUGUAGUCCCAGCUUAAAUCUAGUAUAAUAUGAUUGAUACUAGGAUUCAGUCUGAGUCAGUUCAAGUUUGCAAUUAAACGGUGGCAACUUUGGAAGCAUCAGAUGAUAUUAUGACAGAGUUUACCUAUCAAAUGAUCUUGGAGAUUUUGGUUGAAGGUCAAAAUUAGGAUAAAAAGCUAAUUAAUAAAGAAAAGAGCACCAACAAAGACUUGGAGAGUAAAGCCAUUUCUCUGUAUCAUUAGCAAUUUCUCAAUAGAUUCUUAAAGAAAUGGCUGAGACAUUUGGCUGAUGACUUAAUCUUAAAACUCAUUACUGAAAGUAUUUACAAGCGUAUCAUGUCUAAGAUUAUCAAGAGAAACGUGAUUAACAUCAUUUAAUACUCAGUGGACACCAUAUCAAACCUGGAAGAGGAUACCAUAAGUAUUGCUAAUACUGUCCUUUCUGGAUUCAUUAGAAAUGAAAUAAACCUGAUUAUAUGUUAAGAGAUCAUGCUGACCUAAGAUAGCUUGAUAAUGACUGAAAACUUUAUUAAGGAAUUUAUAACCAACGAAGUUUAGAACAUUUCAAUAAAACAGCUAUAACUUGCUAAUUUACUUGAUGGAAGCAAGCAUAAUGCAAGCACUAGUUCAUUGCACAGGCAUAGAAAAUAAUUUGUCUACAUUGACGAUUCUUAGUAUUAAAGCAACCAGAGUAAUCAAAUGAGAGGCAAUGACUACUUGAUUAAAGUGGACAAUUAGUCUAGUGAUAUGGAAUUGAGAUCUAGCGCCACUUCUUCUGUAAGUGAUGCAGACGUUUUCUCUGAGUAAGAUGAGGGUUCAAGCCAUCAAAACACUAACACACCAAACAGCUAUUAAAUAAUGUCGCCUUCCAAGAAACCAGAUUUCAAUCGCAAUAUUCUAUCAAGCUCCAAAUCAAUCACAGGCUCGGUAACUUCUUCGAUGAACAAAUUCCCUAAGCACUCUGAUACCUUAGAUAGCAAUAAAAAUUACCCUAAUUUCUUUGAGUAGACCAAUCCUCAGUCCAAUUUAAACACCUUUAUGGUGAGUAAUCCUCGCAAAACACACAAGAAUCUCACUUCUAUGAAUCAUUAUCAUGGAAGUACAGCUAAGCAUUAGUCUAAUAAUUAGCAUAAUCGAAGUGGCUCCUCAGAUAUAGAGGUUAAAGCAAUAAGAUUUACGAAGAACCCUUCAACUAGAGGAGGAUAAUCAAGCAAUGUAAACUUUCUAAGCCAUAAUAGAGUAAGCAAAAUAAACUAUUAGAACGAUUAAAAUUAAGCAAAUGAUAGAGAUACAAGUCCUGCAAUCAGAUAUGCACCCUAGGGAACCAUCAAUGACAGAUAUAAAAACACGAAAUCAUCUAAAUAGAAGCAAUUAAAGUCCCAGCUUUCACAGUAAUAGCAAAUGAAGCAAGUAGAGAAGAAAAAUGAGAGCCAACCAGGAAUCUUGAUCAGCCAGGAUGUGGGAGGUAGUAGCAUAGAUCCUUAUACAAGUUCUUAAGAGAGUUUUAUGUCUGCUGUCAAUAGUUUUUCAAAGAUAAAGGGUGGUCUAAGUGCCAAUAAGAAAUCCAAGAAUAACAGCAAUCUGCUGGUUUAGAGAGCUUUUAAUAAGUCAGACAAGCAGUUCUUCAACCACAAUAUUUCAAGCAAUACUAACGCCUAUCAUAAUGCGAGUUAGUAAGUGAAUACAAAUACUCGGUACUAAAAUUCUGGCUCAAAUUAAAAGAAGAAGAGUAAGCUGAGUGUUGGAGGUGGAGUUAUCGGGAAUAAUAGCAGCAAUCGCAGUAGUGCUAAAUAGAACAGAAUGCUUUACAGAAGAUCAUCAGAGGGUAUGACUCCCUAAUUGAAUGAUAUUGAUGAUAAGAUGUGCACAGUUUACUCUGAUGAUGACGAGGAUUUAGUCCAAAAAGGAGAUAGAUCUAUUGAGACUAUUAAAAGUAGGGCUGAUAGAUCAGAUAGCAGGAGUUCAACUCUAUUUUCAGUUGAGAAAAAUAAAAGAAAAGCGUUUAGGAAUAAGUAAUCAGCAUAAAAGAUAGUAGCAGAUGUAUUGGCUUCAUAACCCAAAGAAGGAAUAAAAUUCAUUGAAUCUAAGGUUUAAAGCUCACUGCAGUCUUAGUAAUCUUAAAAAAACUUGGAAGACGUUUAUUACAAAAAGAAUGUGCCAGUAAAGACUAUCUCUGUAGAAGUUUCUAAGAACAGUUCUUAUCAUAACUAAAGUGAUAGUAGCCAGUUCGACUCAACUGUGCAAGAGUCAUACAGAGAGAAAUUCAGUGUCAAUCACUCUAUAAUCGGUCCUGCAGCUAUCUUAGAUUCACACAAAAAAGAUAGUGCUAGAGAGGACACUGAAUUCUACUCUAAACUUAAUGGUGUGAAGUCUUCAGAGAAAAGCUAGAAUACCACUGCGACUGAGAGUCAUAAGAUUAAAAGCAAGUACUAGUAUCUUAAAAGUAAAACUUCAGGCAAGGAAUCAGCUAACGAGUUUGCGAGUCCGUCAAAUAAUUCAAGUGCACUGAACAUUUAAAACUCUAAAAAGAAUGAUCCUAUGAGAAAAGCAUAUUCAAGGCAGUAAACAUUCUCAGAAUACAUACCCUCAUAAUAAAAUAGCUAAACCCAAGCAUUAAGUAACGUACAAAGCAAAAAUGAUUCUUAAUCAUUGGGAAAGUCUGUUGAGAGAGUACCUUAGCAAGAGUCUCUCAUUAAUGCCUCUCUUGAAAAGCUCCUAAUAUCAUUCAAAGCAAAAUACCAAGAAAUAAAGAAGCAGAACUGUCGCAGUGCUCAACUCGCUUCAAUAGAUUUACUAAUAAAAAUGUGUUAGAAAAUCAUAGAUUGUAAUCGAGAUAUUGAUCACUUAUUUGAGAUUGAUUAGCAGUUAAAGGAUAGCUUAAUUAAACUAUCAUCACAGUAGAGACAUUAAUAAGAGAGUUUCUCCGUUAUAUUGCUUACAAAUCAGCUAGCUUUGUUAAAUUACUAGAAACUUAGUUGUUUAGUUGAGAAGAAGUCAGCUCACAGGAAUACUCUCAGCAACAUUUAACCUUUCAGCAAUCAAACUCCAAAGUCAACACCUACAGUAUCCAGUGUCUAAAGUAAGUUAAUCAAAGCAACAGCCAGUCUAAAAACCUAGUAAAACACAACAAGUUUAUCUAAAAUCAUUAAUGGAAGCCAUAAUCAUAGUAGCCAGUAGAAUACAGAUUAAAAUGUAUAUCAUAAUUAAGUGUCUGGAAUGUAGCAUGUUUCUUCACAAGUAAUGCUUGUCUAGCAAAAGAAGUCCAGAGAAGACUUGGCUACAAUGAAACAUACCUUCUCAUGCAAUAGCAAUACAAGUCUGAAUGGCACAGCGCAAGCAACUGUCUCUGCAUAGAGCAAAAAGGUCUCGAAAUAGCAGUAAUAGUAGAUGAUGAUAAAGCACACUAGCAAUUACUUCUCCAAUAAUAGCGAUGGUGGCAACACUAUUUCGCACUAAGCCAAGCAUAACUAUCAGCAAUAAGUUUUACAAUAGUUGCAUUCACAGCAAUAAGUUUAAUAAUAACAAUAGAUAUAGACAUAGAUGAGUUUACCUAACAUUGAUAUCAAGCUGUUCUAGCCAAAAGAUCAGGUGUAUAUUAUGAAGUGCAUCGGUAAAUCAUAUAAUGAAUCAAGCACUAAUAGCUCUACCAAUACGUCUUUGAUGAAAUAAGAGACUUUUGGAGGCAAUACAAAUGGGCUUGCAGGAAGCAUUCAGGUAACAGGCAAUAAUAACAAUGGAAACACUCUUAGUUGCCACGAAUUCCAAAAGCAGUAAUUCUUCCUGAUGACUCUGCAUCAUGUGAUGAGGAAUAAUAAGAAGAGAGAGUCAACUUCAAGUGAUGGUCGCACCAAGUAUCUGAAGAAAGAGGAUCAAUAACAAGCAUUAUAAUAGUAUAUAAGUAUCGAGGAACUAUUCAACAAUGCCAAGGUAAGAUUUUGA